GUGUACAGUGGUUGUGAAAUGCUGACAGUGACAGUUGUCAACGAAAAUUUUGACAUUAUGCUUUAAUUACUUGAAGUAUACAACGAUCUUAAACCUUUGAAGGUGGUAGUUAUAUCCCGAAAUGUCAAAUCUACCAAGAUUGACUCAGUUUUUACGUGCAUUUUCUGAUGUAAGUUCCGAACAAAGUCAUGAUGACAAUAUCAGCGAUGAACUUGCGCACAGGCGUGACUAUCAGUCAAAGGUACAGCCACAGAAUGCUAUUACAUGGGACAAGAUACUAGAGAAGAUUCAUAAAAAUACAGACAAUGAUGAUUUGGAUGUCAAAGUUACCCUGAAAAACUUGCACGAAGAUGCCAGAGAAAUUGCUGGAAAAGAUUCAAGUCAGGAGAUUGUGGACGACACAAAGGCUUAUCUAUUUGAAGUCUUUCAUGAUGUUAAAAUGGUGGGACAGAAAGAAACUGCCCUGUUGCGGCGUACAUUUGGACAGUUUCCUGCAUCAGCAGCCACCAGGGCUUGUGCAGGGAUCAACCGUCUGGUGGACUGGUUAACGGACAGGGAAGUAGAUGAGUUGAUGAGCUUGAGUCGUGGGGCUGGUGACGGAGCACCUGCUGUUCAAGAGUUUGGGAAAAAUGUCAAGUUUGUGAGUCAGGUGGAAGAAACAGAUGCAGAGCUAUCAACCUCAGACUCUGAGGAAGAUGAUGAACAGGGCAGAAGAGAAAUUGACCUCAGAUAUACUGGUGACCCACAGGCAUCCAAACUGACCAAUCAGUUAGAUUCCAUGUGGCUCCAGAGGGAGGUCUCCAAAUUCUUCCCAAAUGAGGAGACGGUAUUGGGGAUGAGUUUGACUAGCCUGUGUGCCACCAUCUUUGACACCCUUACGUCAAACAAAACAGACGAGGCUUUACAGAAUGAUCUGUUUGAGUUGCUGGGGUUUGAUCGGUUUGAACUGAUACAGAGUCUUCUGGAACACAGGAGUCAGGUGAUUGCUGUAACCUUUGACAUGGCUGCCAGUCACAUGAUGACAAAAGCAGGAAGGAAGGCUGAAGAGAGUCAGGCUAGACCAGCAUAUGGCUGUCAAGUCACCAUACAGUCUGAGAAUGAAAAACAGCUGAAGAAGCAGUAUCGUAAAGAAGAGAAGAGGAUGGCCAAACUGGAGGGCAAGAGUUCUGAGCAGGAAGCCACAUUCCUCAAGUCUAUCGGAUUUGACCCUCGAGAACUGAGAGCCCAAAGAGAAGCGUCAUUACAAGCGGCUGCGAUGGCCCCUCUCUUCUCCAACAGGGGCCGUGUCCGUGAAGCAGAGAAGUACCCCUAUGUGUUUGAUCAGCUGGAGGAAGUGAAACAGACAUCAGCAUUUAUAUCGGGUACAAAGAUGACAUUACCUGUGGGCUUUGAACGUUAUACAGAGAAGGAGUAUGAAGAAGUCAACAUUCCUCCUAGUGACACAGCACCGGCAGACAUUGGCAGAUACCUGGUCCCUAUAACCAUCAUGGAUGAGAUCGGUCAGUUGGCCUUCAAGGGAAUGAAGUCUUUGAACCGCAUUCAGUCUGUGGUAUUUGAUGCUGCGUAUACAACCAAUCAAAAUCUGCUGAUAUGUGCUCCCACUGGUGCCGGCAAGACCAACAUUGCCAUGUUAACCAUUCUGCAUGAGCUUAAACAGCACAUAUCACAAGGAGUCAUCAAGAAAGAUGAGUUCAAGAUAAUCUAUGUUGCCCCUAUGAAGGCUCUCGCGGCAGAAAUGGUACGGAACUUUGGCAGGAGGCUGGAACCUUUGGGUAUCUCAGUCAAGGAACUGACUGGAGACAUGCAGCUUUCGAAGGCAGAGAUCCUCAAAACACAGAUGUUAGUGACCACACCUGAGAAGUGGGACGUGGUGACAAGGAAAAGCACAGGUGAUGUGGCUCUGUCCCAGCUGGUUAAGCUGCUGAUUAUCGAUGAAGUUCACCUGCUACAUGAUGACAGAGGGGCUGUGAUAGAAAGCCUGGUGGCCCGUACCCUCAGACAGGUGGAGUCCACACAAAGUAUGAUCCGCAUCGUGGGCCUGUCAGCCACACUCCCUAACUACAAAGAUGUGGCAGAAUUUCUCCAUGUUAAUCCUUACCUUGGCCUCUUCUUCUUCGAUGGAAGGUUCAGGCCUGUGCCUCUGGGACAAACAUUUAUAGGCGUAAAGGCAACCAAUAAAAUCCAGCAGAUGCAGGACAUGAAUAACGUCUGCUAUGAUAAAGUCCUUUACCAAAUCCGUAAAGGCUAUCAGGUGAUGGUGUUUGUGCAUGCUCGAAAUGAAACUGUACGCACAGCGAUGGUCUUGCGAGAAACGGCCAAAAACAAUGGCGAGAUACUGCAAUUUGCACCACCAACCACUCCAAAGACAGGCGAUGCAAUGAAAGCAGUGUCAAGGUCACGAAACAAACAGCUGAAGGAGUUGUUCCCUGACGGGUUUGCCAUUCAUCAUGCUGGAAUGUUGAGACAAGACCGUAACUUGGUGGAAAAGUACUUUGCUGAGGGAGUGGUCAAGGUGUUGGUGUGCACAGCGACAUUGGCCUGGGGGGUCAACCUGCCCGCUCAUGCUGUUAUCAUCAAGGGUACACAACUCUAUGAUGCCAAACGCGGAUCGUUCGUUGACCUGGGCAUCCUGGAUGUGUUACAGAUAUUUGGUCGUGCAGGACGCCCUCAAUAUGACACCUUUGGUCACGGGACCAUCAUCACUACUCACGACAAGCUUUCACACUAUCUUUCUCUGAUGACGCGGCAAAAUCCCAUUGAAAGUCAGUUUGUGGGAAGCAUGACAGAUAACCUUAAUGCAGAGGUGGCACUGGGCACAGUUACCAAUGUGGAAGAAGGGGUGAAGUGGCUAAGUUACACGUAUCUCUACACCAGAAUGAGGCGUAAUCCUCUGGUCUAUGGCAUCUCUCACCAGAUGCUACAGGAAGACACGACCUUGGAGAAGCAUCGUAAAGACCUGAUCGUAAACGCUGGACGUAAGCUGGACAAGGCUAUGAUGGUGAGGUUUAAUGAGAGCACUCAGUACCUCAACUCCACAGACCUGGGCAGGAUUGCUAGCCAUUACUACAUCAAGUAUGACACGGUGGAGGUGAUCAAUGAGAGGAUGAAGCCGCUGAUGACUGAAGCUGACGUCUUUACCACGGUCUCCAGAUCAACCGAGUUUGACCAGAUUAAGGUUAGGGAUGAGGAGAUGGGAGAGCUGGACAAGUUGGUUGAGGAGAACUGUGUGAUGAAUGUGGAGGGAGGGACGGAGAACACGUACGGGAAGGUGAACAUUCUACUGCAGUCCUAUGUGUCCCGGGUAUUCAUCGAUAGCUUCUCCCUCACCUCGGACAUGGCCUAUGUUGCUCAGAACUCCGCCAGAAUCAUGCGUGCUCUGUUUGAGAUGUCACUGAAGAACGGCUGGCCAAUCAUGGCUAGUCUUCUGUUGACCCUGAGUAAGACACUGGACAAGAGGAUAUGGGUGUACGAGACACCGCUCAGACAGUUCUCAGUGCUCUCCCCUGAAAUCCUCAACAAGAUUGAGGCAAAGAAGCUCACUGUGGAGAAAAUGAGAGAUAUGGAUGCAAAAGAAAUCGGUUACAUGAUCAGCCACAUUAAGAUGGGCAGCGUUGUGAAGAAAUGUGUGAGCCAGCUGCCAAGUUUGAGCAUGGAUGCCGUGAUUCAGCCUAUCACCAGGACAGUUCUGAGAGUCAGACUGAGCCUAACUCCGGAGUUCCGCUGGGACGACAAGGUCCAUGGGAAAACGGGCGAGCCAUUUUGGAUCUGGGUGGAGGACCCAGAAAACAACCACAUCUACCACUCUGAGUGCUUCAUGAUGCAGAGGAAACAGGUUCAAGCAGAAGAGGCUCAGCAGCUAGUGUUCACCAUUCCAAUCUUUGAGCCUCUGCCCAGUCAGUACUAUGUGAAGGCCAUGUCAGACAGAUGGCUAGGAGCAGACUCCAUGUGUGCAAUGUCAUUCCAGCACCUGAUCCUACCAGAGAGACACCCACCUCACACAGAGCUAUUGGACCUGCAGCCAUUACCUGUGACAGCUCUGAUGGACCCUCAGCUGGAGAGCUUGUACAAGUUUACCCACUUCAACCCUGUACAGACUCAAAUCUUCCACACUAUUUACCACAACAACUGUAAUGUACUGCUGGGGGCUCCCACAGGGUCAGGCAAAACUGUGGCUGCUGAACUAGCCAUCUUCAGGGUGUUCCGGGAAUACCCCAAAGCUAAGUGUGUGUACAUCGCCCCACUGAAGGCCCUGGUCAGAGAGAGGAUGGAGGACUGGAAGGUGCGACUGGAGCAAAAACUUGGUAGAAGGGUGGUGGAGCUGACAGGGGAUGUAACUCCUGACUUGAGGGCUAUAGGUGCUGCGGACUUGAUCGUCACCACUCCAGAGAAAUGGGACGGCGUGAGUCGCAGCUGGCAGACCCGUAGCUAUGUCAAAUCUGUUGCACUUCUAGUCAUAGAUGAGAUACAUCUGCUAGGUGAUGAGAGAGGUCCUGUUUUGGAGGUGAUUGUUUCACGGACAAACUUCAUCUCCUCACACACAGAGAAGCCAGUCCGAGUGGUGGGACUCUCCACAGCGCUAGCUAACGCGCGGGACCUGGCUGACUGGCUGGGGAUAAAACAGAUGGGAUUGUUUAAUUUCCGACCAUCAGUUCGACCUGUUCCUUUGGAGGUACAUAUAGAAGGCUUUCCAGGCAAACACUACUGCCCCAGAAUGGCUACCAUGAAUAAACCAACAUUCAAAGCCAUUAAAACUCACUCUCCUGACAAGCCUGUAUUGGUCUUCGUGUCGUCAAGGCGACAGACAAGAUUGACAGCGCUAGAUCUUAUCGCAUUCCUUGUAUCUGAGGAUAAUCCCAAGCAAUGGCUGGCAAUGCCUGACAUGGAGAUGGAGAACAUAAUCAGUGGGAUCAAGGAGGCCAAUCUGAAGUUAACGCUGGCCUUUGGGAUAGGCAUUCACCACGCUGGCCUGGUGGAGAGAGACAGGAAGACUGUGGAAGAGCUGUUUGUCAACCAGAAAAUACAGGUGUUGAUAGCGACGAGUACCUUGGCCUGGGGAGUCAACUUUCCCGCACACCUUGUGGUUGUUAAGGGAACGGAGUAUUUUGAUGGCAAAACAAGGCGCUACGUGGAUUUUCCUAUCACAGAUGUGCUCCAGAUGAUGGGAAGAGCUGGCAGACCUCAGUUUGACGAUCAAGGCAAAGCUGUCAUUCUAGUUCAUGAUAUCAAGAAACAUUUCUACAAAAAGUUCUUGUAUGAACCUUUUCCAGUCGAGUCAAAUUUACUGGAGGUAUUGGCUGAUCAUUUGAAUGCUGAAAUCGUCGCCGGGACUAUCUCUUCCAAACAGGAUGCCAUGGAUUACCUCACCUGGACAUAUUUCUUCAGGAGGCUGGUGAUGAACCCCAGCUACUACAACCUGGACAGUACAGAUUAUGACAGCAUCAACAAGUUCCUGUCCUCACUGGUGGAACAGGCCCUCAUCACACUGCAACAGUCUUACUGUCUGCAGAUAGGGGAGGAUAAUCUGGAGGUACAGCCAGCCACCCUGGGCAGAAUCUCCUCUUAUUACUACCUGAAUCACCUCACCCUGCGCAUGUUCCAUGAGCAACUGCGACCAGAGUGUACCCUCCCAGAAGUACUGGACAUCCUGUCUAGUGCCCAUGAGUAUGCAGACCUUCCUGUGAGGCACAAUGAAGAUCAGAUAAACAGUGAACUUGCUCAGCAGCUACCUCUAAAGGUUAACCCUCACUCGUAUGACUCAUCUAACACCAAGACCCACCUGCUGCUCCAGGCCCAUUUCAGUCAAAUCAGCCUACCCUCCACAGACUACCAGACUGACACCAAGUCAGUGCUGGACCAAGCCAUCAGGAUCUGCCAGGCCAUGCUGGAUGUUUCUGCUGACCAAGGAUGGCUGGUUACCGGACUGCAAGUUAUACACCUGAUACAGAUGGUUGUACAAGGGCGCUGGCUCCAUGACUCCUCCCUGCUGACACUCCCUCAUGUCCUCACAUACCAUGUCCAUUGUUUACGGUCUGCGAGUAGGUCAGGUGGUGCGGGUAAGGAGCGUGUGUCUGUACAGAGUCUACCUGAGCUGAUGGCCGUAUGUGAUGGUCGCUUUGAUGUUCUACAGGCCAUGCUAGAGGAAAACCUCAGCAGGACACAAAUUGACCAGAUUUACCAGGUGCUUGGUAGACUGCCUCAGAUAGAGAUGUCUUUGUCAGUGCAAGGUUGGUGGGCUGAAGGAGGAAGCCUGGAAACCAAACAUGUCAACCAGGAUUACAGAGGUGGUGUGCGACCAGACAGUGAUUGGAUACCAGUACACGCUGACCAAGAAUACGUGCUCAAAGUGGAUCUUCAGAGGAUAAACAAACUCAGGCAAAAAGACAGCAAAGCCCACACACCACGAUUCCCCAAGCCUAAAGAUGAAGGUUGGUUCCUUGUCCUCGGGGAAAUAGAGACAAAGGAAGUGAUUGCUUUGAAGCGAAUUGGUUACGUGCGGAACAAGACGUCUGUGUCGCUUGCCUUUUACAGCCCGGAAGUGGUGGGUCGGGUUAUCUACACGUUGUAUCUGAUGAGUGACUGCUACCUUGGCCUGGACCAGCAAUAUGACGUGUGUCUGGAGGUCAUACCUGCUAACCUUGCCACUCAGGUGAACACAGACAUGGAACAUUCUGGUCGUGAGGUGACCUUCUGACCUCUUUCUAACUUGAACCUUACCAGUUGACCUCUAUGUGACCUUGACACUGUGGCAUAUUUUGAAGCACAUGUAUAAUUAUUUGAGGACAUUGAUUGCUCAAAUUGUUAGUUUUGGAAGGAAAUAGUUGAAGACCAUUUUUAUCCAUAACCCAGGACUCAAUGACCCAGGUUGUAUAAGUGAAUUUCUCUCUUGUUAUACGCUUGUACACAUACAAAAAAAGGAUUAAACCUGCAGUAAAAUUAAAAUUAUUUGCAAAGUGUGUUGAACUGCACUGAGAUAAGGCCUGCUUGUUGUAAAGGUAGAUGUACAUCUCUCUUAUCAUGAAGCAUAUCUGUAAACUGUACCAUGUACAUGAAAGUUUGAGAUUGGUUAUACAUAAUUCUAAAGUUAUUUGAAAAGACUAACCUAUUUCACUUCCUAUCUGAUGAUCUGUUUUAUGUACAUAUGAUUGUGUUGACAUUUACUACCCAAUAUUAAAUUAACUACGCUAGUGGAUUUAUGUCCUGUCACAAUUAUUUGUGUAAAUACACAGUUACCAGACAAGGAACUGGCUAUAAAAUGAAGAGUUUGUUUUCUGUAUAACUUGCCAGUUUAGCAGUCUGCAUGGUUGUUGAAAUUCAUGAGCAGUGGAACCAUGCUUAAAGGCAGGAUUUGGAUGUCAGGAGAUAGGAAUGACAGGUGAACAUGAGUAU